AAAAAACGGCAUGGCUCAGUGCGCGACCGAACACGCUGUAGAGUGCGAUCAUUAAAUCUCGAUGCAUGUAUCGUCAUUAUUUAUUAACAUACUAGCAAGAACAAGUGUGAACGAUUGAUUGUUCUAUUUGAAUAUCCGAUCAAUUACUGUGUGAUAUUAUUUCUAUUGUAUUUAUUAGUUUUUUCUCAUUCCUGCCAAUAAGGAUUAUCUGAAUACAGCAUAAAAUGCCAGCCCGAGUUCCAGAAACGCACACGAACGGACCGUUUAACGUCAAAGAAGAAAUCGUCAUUUCCGGAAUAUCUGGUCGCCUACCAGAGAGCAACAGCAUCGAAGAGUUCAAGCAACAGCUUUUCGAUGGAGUUGAUCUCGUCACAGACGAUGAAAGGCGAUGGCCUUCUGGAUUAUACGGUUUGCCUACCCGUACCGGUAAACUCAAAGAUCUCUCGCAUUUUGACGCCACUUUCUUCGGCGUGCAUGCCAAACAAGCACACGUUAUGGACCCACAACUUCGUCUUCUUUUGGAAUUGACUUACGAAGCCAUCGUGGACGCUGGAUAUAAUCCAGCUGACCUAAAAGGCACAAAAACCGGCGUCUUUGUCGGUGUAUCGGACAGUGAAUCUGACGAAUACUGGACGGCAGAUCCAGAUAAAGUAAACGGCUAUGGAUUAACAGGCUGUUGCAGAGCAAUGUUCCCUAACCGAAUUUCAUACACUUUCGACUUCAACGGUCCCAGUUAUGCCAUCGAUACCGCCUGCUCGAGUAGUUUAUUCGCAUUCCAACAAGCCGUAAAUGCCAUUCAGACUGGACAGUGCGAUUCUGCCAUUGUAGGAGGGUGCAAUCUCCUCUUGAAACCCACGUCUUCUCUUCAAUUUCACAGACUGAGUAUGUUAAGUCCCGACGGAAUGUGCAAGGCUUUCGACAGUUCCGGAAAUGGAUACGUCAGAGCUGAAGCAGUAGUUGUAUGUUUAUUGCAGAAAGCAAGCGCUGCUAGGAGGCUGUACGCAAGCGUUUUGGGGGCUAGAACUAACACAGACGGAAACAAAGAACAGGGCAUAACAUUCCCUUCAGGUCAAAUGCAAAACAAACUUAUCAGAGAAGUGUACCAGGAAGCUGGUGUAAAUCCUGCCGAUGUUGUUUACGUUGAGGCUCACGGUACCGGAACUAAAGUAGGAGAUCCACAAGAAGUAAACUCGAUCGCAGAUUUUUUCUGUCAAAACAGAAAGACUCCGCUCCUAAUCGGUUCGGUCAAAAGCAAUAUGGGACACUCUGAACCCGCAUCCGGCCUGUGUUCACUCGCCAAAGUAGUGAUAGCAAUGGAGUCGGGAGUAAUUCCCGGAAAUCUUCACUUUAAAAGUCCAAACACAGACAUACCCGCUCUCUCAGAUGGCAGACUGAAAGUAGUAUCAAAGAAUGAACCGUGGAAUGGAGGUCUCGUCGCCGUCAAUUCAUUCGGUUUCGGUGGAGCAAAUGCACACAUCUUGCUUAAAUCGAAUCCCAAACCCAAAACAUCCUGGCCGCCAAGUUCCUUACCCCGACUAGUUGCCGUAUCAGGAAGAACCGAAGAAGCUGUGACAUCCUUGUUAGAUAGGUUGGAACAAAAUAAAAACGAUGAAGAAUUCGUAGCUUUAAUAGAUGAAAUUCACUCGAAAUCCAUUGCCGGACACAGUUACCGCGGCUACAAAAUAUUGGGACAAGACAACACCCAAGAAGUGACUCAAAUAGUUUCCGAUAAGAGACCAAUUGCAUUUGUAUUUUCCGGAAUGGGCUCGCAGUGGCCUGGAAUGGCAAAAGACCUAAUGCAGAUAGAAGUAUUUAAAAAUUCGAUUAGCAGGUGUUCCGAAGCGCUCAAACCACAUGGAGUCAACUUAGAAAACAUUAUUAUUAACGGAACUGAAGAAACAUUCGACAACGUGCUGAACUCUUUCAUUUCAAUUGCUGCCGUACAAGUUGCACUAACAGAUACCCUCAAGGAGGUCGGAAUAGAACCAGAUGUUAUCGUUGGUCAUUCUGUGGGAGAAGUUGGAUGCGCUUAUGCUGAUGGGACUCUCACAGCUGAGCAAGCCAUUUUGGCUGCUUACUCUAGAGGACGUGCAAUCCUCGAAAGUAAACUGGCCCCUGGUGCCAUGGCUGCAGUGGGCCUUUCAUGGGAAGAAUGCAAAGCCAAAUGCCCUCCUGACGUGUUUCCGGCAUGCCACAAUAGCAAAGACAGUGUAACGAUUUCAGGACCACCAGCUUCAAUAAACAAAUUCGUUGAAAAGUUGUCUUCCGAAGAUAUAUUUGCUAAGGCUGUUAAGAGCUCUGGAACUGCCUUUCACAGCAAAUAUAUUGCGGAUGCCGGUCCGAAAUUGAGAAAAGCUCUCGAUGAAAUCAUUCCGAACCCUAAACCAAGAACAAAGAGAUGGAUUUCGUCUUCCAUCCCCGAAAACGCUUGGUCAACGCCUUUGGCACAAUUCAGUUCUCCAGCUUACCACGUGAACAACCUACUAUCACCGGUGCUUUUCCACGAAGCUAUUCAACACGUUCCAUCAGACGCUAUUGCCAUUGAAGUUGCUCCUCAUGCAUUACUUCAAGCGAUCCUGAAAAGAGCUCUUGGACCUGAUGUUACCAACAUUGGCUUGGUAAAAAGAGGCCACGAAAAUAAUGCAAAUUUCCUGCUUUCUAAUAUUGGAAAAAUUUACAACGCUGGCGCACAACCUCAAAUUGGUAAUUUGUACCAUCCGGUUUCAUUCCCGGUCGGCCGUGGAACACCAAUGUUAAACUCAGCUGUUGGCUGGGAUCACUCAAUUGAAUGGUCAGUGGCAAAUUUCUCAGGAAAAGGAUCAAGAUCGGGUGAAUUGGUUGUUGAAGUCGAUCUUAGCAAAGAAACCGAUAAGUAUCUCUCUGGACACGCUAUAGAUGGACGUGUGCUGUUCCCAGCAACAGGUUACUUGACAUUGGCGUGGAAAACAUACGCUAAACUUCGUAAUGAAGAUUUUGAACAAACUCCUGUAAUCAUUGAAGACGUUCAAUUCCAUCGUGCUACGAUUAUGCCCAAGGAGGGUUCCGUUAAGUUCCUUAUUAACAUUUUUGAAGGCAGCGGUGAGUUUGAAAUUUGCGAGGGCGGUUCUGUAGCAGUAUCUGGUAAAAUCAGAGUCCCAGAUGAUGUCAGCAAGGAAGUAUUAAAUCUUCCAAAGUUAGAAGCCAAACAAGAUAAAGACGUUUUUUCGUUGACGACGCCCGAUAUUUACAAAGAAUUGAGACUUAGAGGCUACGACUACGAAGGAGUUUUCCGCGGAAUUGCGGAGUCCGACAACUAUGGUCUUAACGGAAAACUCAAAUGGGAAAAUAACUGGAUCAGUUUCGUAGACACCAUGUUACAAUUUUCAAUUCUUGGUCAAAAUACGCGGGAACUGUACCUUCCUACCCGCUUGCAACGCGCGGUUAUCAAUCCCAAAGAACACGUACAACUUGUUAGUCAGUUACCCGAAGGCGAAAAUAUUGAGGUAAGCAUGUACAGAAAUAUUGGAGUUAUUAAAUCGGGAGGAAUAGAGUUAAGAGGUAUGAAAGCUAGCUUGGCACCUAGACGACAACAAACACAAGCUGCACCAAAACUAGAAAAAUACCAAUUUGUACCAUUUGAGAACAACCAACAACUCUCAGAAAGUCAAGACAAAUCAAAAACGGAGGCACUCACAGUUCUUUCACAAUUGGUUUUGGAAAAUAGCGGUGGAGCUCUCAAACUUAAAGUGGCAGAAGUUGCCGGAGUGAAACCUGCAGAAGCCCUUUUGGCCAAUGAAAUCAAAGAUAUUUUAGAAUCGGAACCGAUGCUUUCGGUAGAUUACGCUGCCAUCGUGUCAUCUGAACCAGACUCAUACACCUCUUAUUUGGAGCCUAAAGGAAUUACGACUGUUCAGAAGGAUGUUAAUAACGGACCGUUCGAUCAGAAUCUUCAUCUUGUUGUUCUUAGCAAUGUUUUGUCGCAAAGCCCUAAUAUCGUCCAGAACGCACUAGGAUCUUUGAAACAAGGAGGAUUCGUUUUAUUAGAAGAAUCAGCAAGUGCAGUUAAUAAUAAAUCGGUUUCUGCUCUUGGAGCUGACGUUGUUGCAAGUCAAGUUGUGGGCACCAGAAAAUAUGUGUUACUUCGUAGACCAACAACAGUAUCUAGUCAAAAUAUAGUAAUAAACAUUACCGAGAAAAACUUUUCUUGGGUAGAACCUGUAAAGCAAGCUUUGAAACAAAGCGAAACUGAAGGAACUAAAGUUUAUUUAGUCACCCAAGGUGAAGAACUAACCGGUCUAGUUGGAUUUGUUAACUGUAUAAAGCAAGAACCAGGUGGUGUCAAUCUACGAGCUGUUUUUAUCCAAGAUAAGAGUGCUCCUAAAUUUUCUUUCACUUCCCCGAUUUAUGCCCAACAGCUUACAAGAGAUUUAGUACACAACGUUCUUAAAAGGGGCGUCUGGGGAUCGUAUCGUCAUAUACUUUUGGAUCAGGUCAAUGAUAGUGGUAAAUUACAAGUUGAACAUGCAUACAUAAAUACUUUGACAAGAGGCGAUUUGGCAAGUCUUAAAUGGAUAGAAGGACCAUUAUCAUAUUACAAAGGUGAAGAUCUUAACUCGGAAUUAUGUUCAGUUUAUUACGCUCCUCUUAAUUUCCGUGAUAUUAUGUUGGCAACUGGUAAACUUCCUCCAGAUGCACUUCCAGGCGAUCUUGCUGGUCAAGAUUGUAUUUUGGGUCUUGAAUUUUCUGGUCGCGAUAGUAAAGGUCGACGCGUGAUGGGAAUGGUAGAAGCUCGUAGUUUAGCAACGACAGUACUUGCUGAUCCCGGAUUCUUAUGGGAAGUUCCCGACAAAUGGAGCCUUGAAGAAGCAUCCACAAUUCCUGUUGUAUACGGAACUAGUUACUACGCUUUGGUGGUACGAGGUCAGAUGCGUCCGGGAGAGUCUGUACUUAUUCACGCUGGAACCGGUGGUGUAGGUCAAGCUUCUAUUUCUAUUGCUCUUCAUAUGGGCUGUGAAGUAUUUACUACUGUUAGCAGUCAAGUGAAACGAGAUUUUCUAAAGAAAACUUUUCCUCAAUUGGACGAUAGUCACAUUGGAAAUUCUAGAGACACUAGUUUUGAACAAUUAAUCUUGAAACAAACCAACGGAAGGGGUGUUGAUUUGGUUUUAAAUUCGCUGGCAGGAGACCAGUUACAAGCAUCGGUUCGCUGUCUAGCUAACGGUGGGAGAUUCCUUGAAAUAGGAAAAGUGGAUCUCUCGAGCAAUUCGCCGUUAGGAAUGAGUGUAUUCCUGAAAAACACCACAUUCCAUGGCAUUCUUCUUGAUGCUUUAUUCGGAACAAAUAACCCGCAAAAAAGAGAAGUCUUCAGGUUGGUAAGCGAAGGUAUUAAGAGCGGGGCCGUUAAACCUCUACCAAACACGGUGUUCAACGAAAAUCAAGUUGAACAAGCAUUUAGGUAUAUGGCUACGGGUCGACACAUCGGUAAAGUUUUGUUGAAGAUUCGUGAAGAAGAAAAUCGUAAGACGCAAAAACCAACGCCAAAAACGGUGACUGCGAUUCCACGUACCUACAUGGACCCGGACAAAACCUACGUAUUAGUAGGAGGUCUUGGUGGUUUUGGUUUGGAAUUAACUAACUGGUUAAUAUUCAGAGGUGCUAAAAAAAUUGUCCUCACGUCUAGAAGCGGAAUCAAAACCGGCUACCAGUCCCUAUGCAUUAGACGCUGGCGGGAGAAGGGUGUAGUAGUAUACGUAUCAACUGCCGAUUCAACAACCGAAAAAGGAGCCAUUCAACUUCUUCAAGAAGCAAAUUCACUCGGCCCGGUAGGCGGAAUAUUUAAUCUUGCGGCCGUAUUACGAGAUGCAAUGAUGGAAAACCAAACUGAAAAAGAUUUCGGCAUUGUUGCAAAACCCAAAGUCGAUGCAACUAAACAACUUGAUGUCGUUUCAAGAAAAUUAGCGCCACAACUCGACUACUUUGUCAUUUUCUCAUCGGUCUCUUGUGGACGCGGUAACGCCGGUCAGGCAAAUUACGGUUUCGCAAACUCGGCAAUGGAACGUAUUUGCGAAGCUCGUCAAGCAGCCGGAUUACCAGGCACUGCUAUUCAAUGGGGCGCCAUCGGUGAUGUGGGCCUUAUACUUGAAACAAUGGGCGGAAAUGAUACAGAAGUUGGCGGAACUCUACCACAACGUAUGUCCUCGUGCUUAGCGACCAUGGAUGUAUUUCUUCAACAACCUAACCCUGUGGUCGCUAGUAUGGUGCUUGCCGAAAAGCGGAAGAGCUCAGCGGGAAGCCAAGUGAAAUUAACAGACGCUGUGGCCAACAUUUUAGGAAUUAAAGAUGCCAAGACCGUUGCACCAAAUGCGUCCCUGGCCGAUUUAGGGAUGGACUCUCUGAUGGGUGCCGAAAUAAAACAAACGUUAGAACGCAACUACGACUUGGUGUUAAGCGCGCAAGAAAUUCGUGGUCUCACAUUUGGAAGCCUUGUAAAACUGGAAAGUGGUGGGGGAAGUGGAGAAGCUGCACCAGCACAAAGUAACACGGUCAAAGCCGUUGUUGAUGACAAACAGGUUCAAUUUGAACCAUCUUCAGAACUUAUGCCUACAAAAACGAUCAUACAAAUGGAAAGCAGAAGCACUGACAGCAAAAAGAACCCUGUAUUUGUUAUACAUCCUGUCGAAGGUGUCGUAACAACCUUAACGACAUUCGCCAAACUGUUAGACGUGCCAGUUUACGGAGUACAGUGCACAAAAUCGGCACCUCUAAAAUCCAUCAGCGAUCUCGCCAAGUAUUACAUUUCCGAAAUCAAAAAUGUACAAAGCAAAGGACCCUACACACUUAUCGGUUACUCUUAUGGAGCUUGCGUUUCUUUCGAAAUGGGCAUUCAAUUGGAAGCUGCAGGAGAAAAGGUUCGAAUUCUGUUCAUUGAUGGAUCACAUUCUUACGUUGCAACACAUACUGGAAAAGUUAGGAACCAAAUCAAAGGAAAUACUGCCGCCGAACAAACUGAAGCGCUUCUUUACUUCACAAUUCAAUUCAAAGAUGUUGACCAACAAAAGGUAACAUCAGAUUUGAAAGCAUUAAAAUCCUUAGACGAAAGAAUAGAAUACAUAGCAAACAUCCUAGAGAACAUCUAUCCUAAGCAGCAAAUCAAGGAUGCUGCAAGAAGCUUCUACUACAAACUUAGUGCUGCUGAUAUUUACUCACCAAGUGCUAAAUUCGGUGGAGAAGUUGCCCUUAUUAAAGCUACAGACAAUUACGUAUCGAUGGGUGAAGAUUAUGGAUUGAGUUCGGUCUGCAAACAGAAGGUACAGGUUCUCCCAUUAGAUGGUAAUCAUAGGUCAAUUUUGUUAGGACAAACGGUUGAAAAAAUUGCCACAAUUGCUAAUACUUUAGCAAGUAAAUCGUAACUUUUACCUUUGACUUUCGUUCUUCUUGUUCAUGACAUCACUUAAAAACAUGACUGCACUAGAGAAUUAAUUAAUUACGUUAUUGUUGAUGAUAUUUAAUAGAAUCUGCAUCUAAUUUAAUAUUAGACGUAAUAUUAAAUAGGCACUUAUUUAAUUUAUGUAAAUAGUUAGGUUUAAAAGUUGUUGGACAACUUUGUAUAUUAUGAUAAAAUUUAUUUCUUUUUUGUUGAAAAUUUAUUGUCGAGUAAUUACGAAAAAAAAAAAAUGCGAGCUAUGAGACUAUUAAGUUUUUGUUUUGGUUAGUUUGAGACCAAAGACUUCGGUGAUUUUAAUACAUUUUAUAUAGGUAUAAAUAAUAAAUAAUAA